GCCCUGGUUGGGGUGGGACUUCCUGUCUCGUGUAUUCAAGGACCUCCAAAGUGAGGCCGGGUACUGAGGGCAGAGGUGUCAAGACCUGUGGCCACGGAUUAGUUCGGACCUAGUGCCCCGGUGUUCACCUACUCGUUCUUGCAGUUACCCUUACUGUCCUCCCACGGCGUCUCCGGGAGGCCUUGGUGCCCCGAGAACCCAACGUGUGUCUGUCUGCAGGUUCCGUGAGGGCCAUGGAGGUGCGGCCGCCGGCGCCGCGGCGCUUCCUCUGCAGGGCGCUGGGUCCUUUCCCUCGGGUCUUUGCUGCCGAAGUUGUGGCCGCCGAUUCUGCGGCCGCCGAAGCGAAGGUCCUUGUGGAGGACCAGAAGAUGCCUUCCUACGUCCCAGAGCCCCAAUACCUGGAAUCCGGAUGGGACCGCCUCCGGAUGCUGUUUGUCAAAGAUGAACAGCAGAGAACUUCAGAGGAACUUCAGAAUAUUUAUAGGGCGGCUAUUUCAGCUGGCAUCAUUGGCUGGGCAUAUGGGGGAAUACCAGCUUUUAUUCAUGCUAAACAGCGCUACAUUGAGCAGAGCCAAGCAGAAAUUUAUCAUAACCGGUUUGAUGCUGUGCAAUCUGCACAUCGUGCUGCCAUGCGAGGCUUCAUCCGGUAUGGCUGGCGCUGGAGCUGGAGAACUACAGUGUUUGUGACUAUAUUCAACACAGUGCACACUGGUCUAAAUGUAUACCGAAAUAAAAAUGCCCUAAGCCAUUUUGUCAUUGCAGGAGCUGUCACAGGAAGUCUUUUUAGGAUAAACUUAGGCCUGCAUGGCCUGAUGGCUGGUGGCAUAAUUGGAGCCUUGCUAGGCACUCCUAUAGGAAGCCUGUUGAUGGCACUUCAGAAGUACUAUGGUGAGACCGUUCAGGAGAGAAAACAGAAGGACCGAAAAGCACUCCAGGAGCUGAAACUGGAAGAAUGGAAAGCUAGACUACAAUUGACUGAGCUCAUUCCUGAAGAAAUUGAAAGUAACCUACAGAAAAAUCAAUCCACGGAUGAUGCUAAGAAAAUUGAAGCUCUGCUAAAUCUUCCUAGAAACCCUUUAUCAACAGAUAAGCAAAACAAGAACUGAAAAUGUUCUGGACUUGAAACUCACUGGAGAAUUGAAGGGGUCUAUGUUGCCAUGUCCAUUGAAUGCCAGUUGUCAGGCUACUCCUUGGUUAACCUGCUGACACUUGUAAGCACUGGCACCUGCAGUGGCAGUGACUUGCUCUUAAUUUUUUUACCAAUUUUUUAAACCAAGAAUUGGGCUAUUGUACUCUCACUUUACUUAUCCUUAAAUUUAAAUACAUACUUAUAUCUAUAUUGAUCAAUCUGUACAUUUGACAUUAUAUCUAGAUUGAUUGAUAAACACACACACCCAAGGUCAGAAAAUUAAAUUCACGAACUUCCUCCAACGAUGUUAUUAUCCUUUUUUGAUAUCAGAGGGAUUGGACUAUUCAUUAUGAAUUUGUACCAA